GUGUACAGCAAACAUUCUAAACGUCACGAAGAAGAAUGGCAUAUACAGGAAGUUAGGGAUUUUGAGGAAAACAGCGUAAGCUAUCUUUUGUUUUGUUUUGUGUUCCUUUUUGUAUCAUAGAGACGGACGGUUUUAUCAGCGGGAUUUGAUGUUUACAGGUUAUAUUUUUUCCCAUUCGUUCGCUAAAAAGUGUCUUUCCUCCGAGAACUGGUGACGUAAAGUGUUUAUUUUUUUUAGUUAGCUUCAGAGGCUAACAACAGAGCUAAAGGCCCGCUUAGGAUCUGUUCUUUGUGUUGGCUUUUCCUUAAUAUUUUUUGACUACUUUAGGGAAGCGGUUAUUGUUGUUUUUAUAUUGUUGAGCACUUUUAUCGCCACCGAAAUCUUUGACAUAUCCUGGAAGACAAUUGCCGUAGUUUUACUCUAAUACCACAAUAACCCGGUACUACUGUCAAGAGGAAGACAGUGCUAAGAGGAACCUACCACUUCAACAGAAAAUUCGCCAUUCGGUCAGCUAUGUAUGCCCCACCGGGUCCCGCUGUCUCCGGAGGUCGGAGGAGGAGAGCCGGUACCUCACUUCCCAAACAGCCGGAGCGGAGUCUAGUGUCGGCCCUGCCCGGAGCUUUGUCCAUCACAGCGCUGUGCACGGCUCUGGCUGAACCUGCUUGGCUCCGGAUUCACGGAGGCACCUGCCCGAGACAAGAACUCGGGGUGGCAGAUGUCUUGGGAUACGUUGAUCCCAAUCUUUUGGGUGAUUACUGUGUGAAUCCGCAGACCAUCCUGCUGCUAAGGGUAAUAGCUGCCUUCUGUUUCCUUGGCAUCCUGUGCAGUCUAACUGCGUUCCUCCUGGAUGUGUUUGGACCCAAACACCCUGCCCUAAAGAUAACUCGCAGAUAUGCUUUUGCACAUAUACUAACAGUGUUGCAGUGUGCCACAGUCAUAGGCUUUUGCUACUGGGCAUCGGAACUGAUCUUGUCACUGCAGCAGCAACACAAAAAGUACCAUGGCUCUCUCAUUUACGUCACCUUUGCCAUCAGCUUCUACCUGGUGGCAGGUGCUGGUGGAGCCUCCAUUCUAGCCACUGCUGCAAACCUCCUGCGCCAUUAUCCCACCGAGGAGGAAGAGCAGGCCUUGGAGCUGCUCUCAGAAAUGGAGGACAGCAGCGAGACUUUCCCUGCUGACUAUGACAUUGCCAACCAGUUUCAGCCACCUCCUGCCUACACACCAUAAUGCCAGCAAAAAGCGGCGACAUGGCCUUGGGUUGUCUUUCCUCUCUGCACAGCUGUUUGCUUGACCCGCAAACCACAUUCUUUAUCAAAUGAAUAUCUCUGCAAAUAUUCUUGGCAACGAAAACAGUUUGUGUACCUUUAGUGCACAGAUUCAUUCAAUGAAAGUGCUGAGGUGCAUGAACGCUUUUAUUUGGUGGUGAUAGACAUUUAGAAGGGAAUUCUUCAUUUCAACAUGGGGUUGGUUAAAUAUCUGCAUUUAAAUGACUUGCAGAAUUUAGUCUUUACAUGUAAAAUUAAAAAAAAAAGCAAUGAGUGCAAACCAGUACUCCCUAAGAUUUUGAUGAUGCAGCCAAAGCCACACUGGCUCUUAGCAGAUUGUUGAUGUAAUUGGAGAAAGAUGGAGCUUUGCUAAGCAGCAUUUAGAUUUCAUUUGAUGUGCUUGUCAUAUGUAUGAUUUAUUUUUAGAUGCACCAUAGAUGCAAAUUCAUCUGUACACUGACGAGAUUGUUUUAAAUUUUUAUUUUUAUGAAAAUUGACCCUAUUUAUUGCACAUACUUUUCUUUUUGUCUUUGAUUGUUCUUUUGCUUUGUAGACAUUUGUCUAUGGUUAUAUUCUGUGUCUUUUAUUCUGUGCUUUUUGGUGGGGGGGUGAGAUUUUGGGCGUUUAAGGAAAAAAAAACAGCCCGGGUGGGUGUUUUUGUUGUAAGGUGGGGGCGUAAAGAAAGGGAGAUGCCCAAGAAAAGUGUUUGCAGGAUGAGUAUGUAAGGUUAUUUUGUUUUUUAUUUUUUGUCUUUGAAUUGUUCUUAUUUGUAUUUUGUGACUGUGUGUUGGAUCCAUCAUGUUGUACCCAUGCAUGAGUUCUUUAGUGUGCAAUUUUUACGUUUCAGCCCAAAUCUUCUCACUUAGUUCAGACUUGGAAUUGUGGCUAAUGUGUUUCGAGUUGGUUUUACAACAUUUUUCCACUAUUAAUCUUUGCUAUACUGUCAGCAGUAUGUACAUAUUGAUUGCUUACAUCAACUGAUUCUAAUAAAGUCAAAGUCAUA